UGGACUUUGACAGCGAUGGCUGCUGUCUGCUCAACGGUUAUCUAUCGCAAACCACACACCACAGACCAGCAGUCAGCCAGCCACAGAUGCAUCACCCUAUGUAUGCAACCAGAAGGGAAAUGACAAGCACAGACACGCACACAGCAUGCACACACGACACGCGAAUCAAAACCGCCCCAUCGGAACACAACAGAGACGCGCCAAAGCCAUCACGGCUCUCCCCCAGCAAUGCCAUCUCUCUCUCUGCUGGCCGCCCAGGCGUUGAAGCACAUCCUCACUCUCCGUGAGCUCAUCUUGCCAAGGUUGGCCUUGACCAGCCGCUCCCUCAUCUCGUUCUUGACUCGCCGCCUUCUGGCAUACACAUAGAGAGCCUUGAAGGGCAGCGACCGGAGGCUGUACGAGUAGUUAAGCCACUUCUCCAAAGACAGCUGCACCAGCAGGAACUCACGGUGGGCCACCUGCGAUGGCGGACCGACAUGGCAGGCAGAACAACACAACAUCGAUCACUUGACACACGAAUGCACCCGGCCAUUGACCCAUCGAUGUCUCUCUCUCUCCUGUGUGUGGUAGCCAGCUACCGCUUUGAGUUGUGGGAAGAGGCGCCUCAGCAUCUGGCUGUCCCACUUGCGCCUGAACUGUCGCGCGUUUUGCCUCUGCUUGAUGAACAGCGACCAGCAGAGGAAUGCCUUCUCUUUCAGCUCGCGGGAGUCGGGCGUCUCGCGCAGGAGGACCCUGCUGGAGUGGAGGCGGUGCCAGGCAGUGAAGUGAUACUUGAGACGCAUCAGGCGGUUCUUGGCGCUGAAAACAAACAGACAGACAGACAGGCAGGCAGAGAGACACGAGCUGAUGAAGGUGAGACACGGCCGCGGUGGGUGCCACUGGGUGGAUCAUGUGUGUGUGACCCACCUGACUAGGUGUGCGCUCAUCCUGAUCAGCUUGUGACGGGCACUCAUCUGCGAAACAAGCGAAAGGAACGAGACUGAUGAACUGAUGCAUCACUCUCGUGUCUCUGUGGUGGUGGAUGUGUGUGCAGGUGGGACAUGAGUAGGUACCGGUUUGAAGAGCUGAAUGGAUGGGUUUGCAUAGUUGGCAAGUUUGUCGAUGGGCGUGAUGAUGCCCUUCCGGCCCUUGAACUCCGUCACACGAGUCCGGAGGCCCAAACCUGCCGCAUACCAGCACACCCACAGCAGCAGAUCCACCAGGUGACUGAAUGGAUGGACACCUACCUUGUCGAUUGGUUCUUACGUACUUUUGCUGUAUAUCUUGAGCGUGGUGAAGACCCGCCGUCUGACGGCGUUCUCCCUCCUCUCGACGAACUUUGCGUACGCCACAUACACACGGGGGUCGCGGAAAGAAGACAUGCACUCCUCCUUCCACGCCUGCACACAUACUCAUGUCAGUCAACAUGGGUCCAUCCACCCACUCACAGCUGGCUGACCUUGAAGCACUUCUGCAGCGCCCUGUUGCAGCAUAUUUGGUGCCACCUCCGGAUGGCCUCGUCCUGCUCGUUACGGCACCGCAGCCAUUCCAUCACACAGUGACCGAAAGACACCAGGUGCCGCCGCCGAUACCUGGCCAGCGCCUCCUUCAUCCGGCGGUACUUCCGCUGAGCCACACGCGCCCGGAGGGUGGCGACGACCUUGAGUGCGGCGAAGACACGUCUCCGGUACUCAGAAGAGCCGUCGUCGAAGUCCAUGGAAAAGACGCGCUGAAGGCGGUUGACCACUCUAUCCAUCCGCUGCACGCUCAGCUGCAUGCAUCAUUGAAGCACAGAGAGGGGAAAGACAACGAGGGGUCGGUCGGUCGGCCAUUCUGCAGUCGUGUGUGAUUGAUUAGUCGCCCUGGCUCGCCCACCUGUGCAAGUUUGGAUCUGGGUGUCAUUCCUCCGCCCUCACCAGACGAGAGGUUCUGGACCGACCCCUCCAGCUGCUGCAGACGCGUCAGAAUCCCUUCCAUCUCCCUUGACAUCGUCGCGAGGGCCUCUGGAUCGUUGCCUGUGUAGGUGACGAAGGGCGCGAACGACACCUUGGCCGGCUGUGGUGGUGCCUUGUCAGCGGUGUCAGUGCGCAUUGCGCCAUCGAGUGGGACGGGUCUGAGCAGGGCGCCGCGGGAGCGUGUGUGGGAUGACUUAGGGGUGAGGCGGGGGAGGGAGGGGAAGGACGAGUGAUGGUGCCCACCGCGGUAGCGGGCAACACUGCACACAUCCAUAGGAAGACAAGAACACCAAGGCGGGGCAGAUGGCAGGCAGAGGGGACUCGGUGUCGUCUCUCUCUCUCACCUGGCCGUGGGAGAAGACGUUUGCAUGGCAGCCCUGGAUCUCCGAACGGCCACCAUUCUGUCCCCCUCCCCCUCAUUCUCCUCCUCAAUGGCCGUCAGAAAGGUGUGCUGCGACAGCUCUGUAGACCGACCGCCAUCCAGCGACAUCUCCAGGGGCGUGGUCCUCGAAGCCGCCGAAGCCGCAGACUCCAUCAGUGACGUCCUGGACCGCCACACACUGUGCGUGACGCCAUGCAAGGUCGGAACUGACGAUGACCGCUGGGCGUCGCCAAGAGAAAGGCUCUGCGAUUCGUGUGAAGUGGGGGACUGGGGCUUUGAGGAUGAGAGCAUCAUGGGGCCGGGCGACUGGAGUCUCUCGAUGCCUCGUUCGACGAUGGUGGCCUCGACGGACGGCCGCCUAUGGCGAAUGUCGUCCUUGAGCCGUUGUCCGCCGCUGGAAGUGUGGAGGGAGGGGAGGGAGAGGUGUUUGUCGUCCAGGCCCAGGCCGGCCCGCAGAUGCUGCCGCUGCUUCAGCAUUGCAGCCAUGACCGAAAUCGAUGGAAAUCGAU